AGCCAAAGCUUCACAACAAACGCACAUGACUUGAAAAUGCAUUGCUGCGAUUGUUGCUCACGUUUCCUCGCAGUUAGCACAUAAAUUUCCAUUUUGUGAGCAACGAAGAUUUUAUUUUUAAAUCCACAGCAAUGCAUAAUAAUAUAAAAGAUUGUUGUCGAUGUUGACACCUUGAAUAUUUCGCUAAAUUUCACCUAUCACCAUGAAUGAAAACGACAUUAAAGAAGCGUUCAGAGACUUCAUCAUCGAAAGACACGCAGAGGACCUGAUCAAAAUCUUGCGGGCUGAGGAUAAAAUGCAGCACUACUCCGUCAAUGUCAACUUCAUCAGCCUGUUUGAAUCCAACUAUGACUUGGGAGACGGCCUGCUGUCCAACCCGGCAGGCUGCCUGGCCAUCUGUGACAAAGUUCUACUCGACUGCCAAGCUCUGGUCGUGUCUCAGCAGCUAGACGAGGUUCGCCACGAGUUUGUCACUAAGACUAAAAUCCACACUAGAUUUUCCUCUCUGCCAGCGUGUCCAGAGCUGCAUCGAGCUGCAUUUCCUCGCAACGAGGACAUCAACAGCUUCCUCAGAGUCACAGGGACUGUUGUUCGGACAUCAGUCUCUAAAAUGCUUGAGUACCAGCGGAUUUACAAGUGCAAAAAGUGCAAGUUCGCAAAUGUAGUCAAGGCUGAUUAUGAACUCAACUACUACAUUGUGCCGCCGAAAAAGUGCGGGCACCCCGAUGGCUGCGGAAACGGAAAUUUUGAGGUCAUUCAGCCGGCUGAUGGGCUGAAUUACAAGGAUUUUCAGGAAAUAAAACUGCAAGAACAAGUCACGAAACUGAGCAUUGGCACAAUGCCCCGCUCCAUGCUGGUCACUUUGGAGGACGACCUCGUCGACGCCUGCAAACCUGGCGAUGACGUUGUGAUUUGUGGCAUCGUGAGUCGACGUUGGAAGAACCUAGGUGCUCACAAGCGGUCGGACAUUGAGCUGGUGCUGAAGGCGAACCACCUUCAGGUGUGCAACAACCAGCAGAUGGCCGUGCUGGUGACCAAGGAGACGCACGAAGAGUGUCUGCAGUUCUGGCGAGAGCACGCCAAGGCUCCGCUGCAGGGCCGUGACCUGAUCCUGGCCUCAAUGUGCCCGCAGGUGUUCGGCCUGUACAUUGUCAAAAUGGCCACUGCCCUGGUUCUGGCUGGUGGCGUCGCCAGGGUCGAGGAGUCCGGCGCCAGGGUCAGGGGCGAGUCGCAUUUGCUUCUGGUUGGAGACCCUGGCACGGCCAAGUCGCACAUCCUCAGGUACGCCGCCAGGCUCACCCCCAGGUCUGUCUUCACCACCGGCAUCGGGUCAACUUCGGCUGGACUCACCGUCACGGCAGUCAUGGAAUCCGGUGGUGAUUGGCAGUUGGAAGCAGGAGCGUUGGUCCUGUCAGACGGCGGGAUUUGCUGCAUUGAUGAGUUUAACUCAAUCCGAGAAAACGACAAGACCAGCAUCCACGAGGCGAUGGAGCAGCAAACUAUCAGUGUUGCCAAAGCUGGCCUGGUUUGCAAACUGAACACAAGAUGCACGGUGCUCGCGGCGACCAAUCCUAAGGGGAAGUACGAUCCAAACGAGCCGGUGACCGUGAACGUGGCGAUUGCUAGUCCUCUUUUGAGCCGAUUUGAUUUGGUCUUAGUCUUGCUGGAUUCAACAAAUGAAGAUUGGGACCGGACCGUUUCAGAUCAUAUUCUGCGAGGGAAAGACCCGACAAAGGCAGAAGACGUGCAGAGUGACACCCUGUGGAGCAUGGAGAGGAUGCGCUGCUACUUUUGCAUUAUCAAGACGCUUAAUCCGAAGCUGACCAAGAAUGCCAACCAGAUUCUGAGUCGCUAUUAUCAGGCUCAGCGGAGAACUGAUCAGAGGAGCGCGGCGAGAACCACCGUCAGACUGCUCGAGAGUCUCAUUAGAUUAUCCCAAGCGCACGCUAGACUAAUGUUCAGGGAGGAGGUGACGACGAUGGACGCUCUAACUGCUGUGAUUUUAAUGGAAUACUCAAUGCUUGGAGCUGCAAUCCUGCCAACUGCCAAUAUUUACCACGCUUCAUUUCCUUCAGACCCAAUGCUCACCUACAGGCACCAAGCAACUAUAAUUUUGGAGAAACUGGGCCUGCCAGAAAUCUUGAAGCAAGAGCUGGACUGGUUGGAGAACGGGCCCAAGAAUGAUGGACCAAGCUCCACAACCAGCGGUGGCAGCAGCGACAGACUUGAGUUUGUGUCUCAAUUCCAGUCAAACACCAACAUGCAGAAACUCAACUGCAUCCUCAUGAACAUCCGCAAGAACCGAGACAAAACCGCAUGUGCCGUGGUCGACCACCAGAAGAACCCGACAGGCGCGAAACGCGCCCGGAAGGAGAAGUCGAAAAAGACGCAGGCUGUUAGAGGUCCGUUCUCCAAUUCCUCCUCUUCCUCUGAAGAUGAAAAAAGCACGUCUGGUAAUGAGGAAGAAAAUAACAAGCAGCCGUCGCAGCAGAGAAAGAGGAUUAGAGUGAUUGAGUCUAGCUCGGAUGAAGAAAAUAUUGAGGAUCCUGCUGCUCAAAAGAAACCUGUUCCUAUUAACCAGAAACUUGCUGAGCUGAGGAAGUUUGCAUUUGCCAAAGCUUCAGGUUCAAGUAGUACAAACUUUUUUAAUUCGCCGCCCAGUAGUGCUAGUGCAAACAACCUGUUCCAGCCAAGAAAAAAAAAUUUAUCUGCCAUUCAUGAAGAGAGCAGUGCUACAGAAUCUGGUACCCAGAAGUCUGAGGCUGAAAUUUCUCCUCCUGCCCCAGCAGCUCCAGUCACGGGCGAUGUUACUGCUAAUGAGAGUGGAUACAAGAGUUUCCUAAGCUGCCCUGAUAACAGUGUCCUGAUACCGCCGCAGCAGACACUGUCCACCCUGGAGAAACUCAAGAAAUUCGCCUGCAGAUCAGCGUCUUCUGAACCAAAUGGAGCCGAAAAGGAGCCUGUAGUUAAAAAGAAACUGACGCCUAUUGAGGCCCUCGCAAUGUGCGGCAAGAAGCUGAGUCAACUGUCAAGAGCAUCGCAGAGCAGCGGCACGCAAUCUCCAUUGUUGAAUUCUCGAAAACUGCUUGGUAAUCCAUUUUUGGCUGAUGAUGAUGAUGAUGACAUUGAUUUCAGCUUGCCAUAAAAUAAAAUUUAUUUUUAUUAUUAAA